AUGRGCUCGGGGCAGCUCAUGCAGCACAUCAGCAUCGGCGGCGAGAGGAGCGAGGCGGGCGCCGCGCUGCCCGUGGCCGACAGGGCCCCCGCCGGCUCCUGGAGGCAGAAGUGCGCGGCCUACGUGCUGGCCCUGCGGCCUUGGAGCUUCAGCGCCUCCCUGACGCCCGUGGCGCUCGGCAGCGCGCUGGCCUACCGGGCCCAAGGCGCCCUGGACCCGGGGCUGCUGGUGGGCAGCGCCGUGACCGUCCUGGCUGUGCACGGCGCCGGCAACCUGGUGAACACCUACUACGACUUUUCCAAAGGCAUCGACCACAAGAAGAGCGACGACAGGACGCUGGUGGACCAGAUUUUGGAGCCGCAGGAUGUCGUGCGGUUUGGGGUGCUGCUCUACACCGUGGGCUGCCUCUGUGCGGCGGGGCUCUACUGCGUCUCCACGCUCAAGCUGGAGCACCUGGCCCUCAUCUACUUCGGGGGGCUCUCCAGCUCCUUCCUUUACACUGGAGGAAUUGGAUUUAAAUAUGUUGCACUUGGAGACGUGGUGAUCCUGAUCACYUUUGGGCCGCUGGCCGUCAUGUUUGCCCAUGCUGUGCAGGUUGGUUAUCUGUCCGUCUCGCCACUGCUCUACGCUGUCCCACUAGCUCUCAGUACUGAGGCCAUCCUGCACAGCAACAACACGCGGGACAUGGAGUCUGACCAGCAGGCCGGUAUUGUCACCCUGGCUAUCCUCAUCGGCCCUGCCUUCUCCUACGUCCUCUACACUGUGCUGCUCUUCUUGCCCUACCUGAUUUUCUGUGUGUUGGCCACACGCUACACCAUCAGCAUGGCAUUGCCACUUCUCACCAUCCCAAUGGCAUUUUCACUGGAGAGGCAGUUUCGGAGUCAGAGCUUCAACAAAAUCCCCCAGCGGACAGCCAAGCUCAAUCUCCUCCUGGGGCUCUUCUAUGUUUUUGGUAUCACGCUAGCCCCUGCUGGUGCUCUUCCCAAACUCUAACAGCAGCUGUACAGUCUGGCCUCACGACUCAAUAUUAAUGCAAAUUAACAGUGGUUGAUGUGCUUGGAUGAUGUGUUACAGACAGCAGGAAGAAUGAGGAGGCUUUCUGGAGCUCAUGUUGGAAAUUUUAUAGGUUUUGGUCCCAGCCACUGUUGGCUUGCACAACAGACUUCUGAAACUGCUUUGUCAGUUCCUUGAAAGGGAUGAACUGUGCUGCUUGGCUUCGGAGCAACAACACAACGUGAGCAAGAAGUGUUUGAAGAACUGCUGCUUCUGCACUGAGCUCCGAGAGGCUUCCACUGUUAACACAAGUGAGAUGGAGCCUCAAAUACGAACUCUCAUUUACAAGCACAAUAAUUGUUCUUACUCCUUUACCACGGACAAGGGCUUCCAGGGGCUCCUGCRUGGUAAACACAAAACACUGCCAAAUAUUUAGCGUCACAACAAUGCAGAUGCUGUCGCUCCACUCCCUUGUGAUCAUAGUUCAUCUUCAUCUGUUGUAUGUUUUAAUUAUUUUUAUUUUCUUUUUUCCCAGCCAAGUUUUGAGCUAAUGUUUCUCAGUCCCCUGGAAGGCAUCAGGUAUUGAUGUGUUCUCUGUUGCCUCUGCUUAUUCUUUAUGGUCUCUGUGUUAUGCUGAUGCUAAAGUGGAGCACGACUGGCCCACUGCACAAGCUUUAAGGGAAAACCCAGUGMAUUUAUAUCUAUCUAAGGAAGUUGAAGUCAUAAAUGCAACUGAAAAGGCCUCCAACACCUAAGAAAACCAGUGGCUGCCAUUUCUAUGUUAGGAUUUACUCUCUAUAAUGACCGUCUUGCAGUUUGGGCGGUCUGACAGACAGGGUGGCAGAAUUCUCUGGCUGCUUGCAGAUUGAUGGAUAUUUGU